ACUUCCACAUUUUUUCCUUGCAGGGUUCUCACGGCUUACCGGGAUUGACCCUGUAGUGCGCGAAACUUAAGUUCAACCUUAAAGGAGGUGGCCGCACCCUUAUCUAAAGUGGAGAAUUUCCCUCAAAAGCUUCGUCUUCUGGUGGCUGGAGGGAGGAUGAAAAUGGGGACAAGGAGGUCUGGGGCUGUACAUGAGAGGGAGGAUGGCAUUCUCAGGAGACUUCUGGCGACGUGGCCCCCGGAACUCCCCACCCAGUUUGCAGGGCUCGGCGUCUCCUCCUCGCGGGUCCCUGACGCCCCCUGGCGGCGCGCUCCUGCGCGGCUCCGCGGAGACCCUGCCUCCGUGUUUGGGUGGAGCCGUACUUCUUCCUCCGCGCCUCCAGGGGACACUCGGGCGCAUGCGCGCCCUCCAGCCCCGCGCUACCUGGGAGGUUGCUAGGAGGUUGGCAGCUGGAGGUGCUGAUUGGUGAGUUCCAAAGUCGGCGGAGUUGGCAAACCCAAGGCCCCUCCCAACCGGACCCCGGAAGUGCCUGCCUACGGGAUAGACUGGUAGGCACUCAAACGCCAGGGCCACCGCUCAUUGGACCUGGCGGAGAAGGCGGGUCCCAGCCCAAGCCGUGAUUGGUCGCUGAUCCUGGCCAGCCGGGCGGGAGAUCCGAGACUGCCUGGUGCUGGCUGCAUGGGGCGGCGGAGGCGCCGGGUGGAAGGGGCGGCCAAGGCCUUGCCUGAGGCUAUCGCUGCGCUGAGUCGGUCCCUGCCCGCUGGGCCCAGCCCCGAAAUCUUCCGCCGCGCAAAGUUUGACCGUCCAGAGGCGGCUCCAGUGCUCUGGCAGCUUCUCUUCCGAGUGCUCUCACCGCUUGCUGCAAACAAUACCUUGACCGACCUUGCUCCAGAGGCCCAAGCCCGUGUGGUGAAGUCAGCACUGGGCUCCCAAGGCUACCCCAGGUCUGCGCUGGUACAGUUUCCUGCGGGCAAUUCUCAGGGAAGCCGGGAACUGCUGCUGGCCCUGUCCUGGCUCCUGGCACGAGGACCUUUGCUUGAGCAGCUGCUUGCCCAGACCCGUGUGCAGUUGGGUGAUCAGUUGCCCCAGUGUGAGGUCCUGGCCAGCCCUGGUCAUCCUGCACCCCAUGUGGAAACAGAGAGUCCGGUGGAUCUCCGACUAGUGGAAUGGCUGAUGGGAAAGCUGCGGUUUAGGUGGCGACGCCUGAUCUCCAGUCAGCAGGAACAGUGUACCCUCCUCAGCAAGAUCCACCUGUACACCCGUGGAUGUCACAGCCAACAGAGCCUUGGCCAUCUUUCUGUGGCUGAAACAGAGAUGCUCAGAGACCCAGAGAGCAGCCAGCAGCUUCUGCAGACACUGGAGAUUGAGAACAUGCGCCUGGGGGCAGCUCUGGAGUGGCGGCACUGUGAGCUGGUCUUCUGGCAGUGGAUGGAUACAGUUCUGGAUGCCUGUUUGUCGGAGAGUCCUGCUGUGACCUCCCAGCCCACAGUCCUGCCCAUGAUCUCUGAACGCGGGCUUAGUGAGCUGGAGCUGGUAAAGCAAGAGUUACAGGCCCUGCAGGAGGAGCUGCGGGAAGUGACUGAGACCCGGCGGGCGGCAUGGGAAGCCCAGAUUGGAGGCCUAGGUCAGGGGCCAGAGUGGAGCACCACAAGGAAGGCCUUGCAGGAGGCUGUCGAACAGGAGUUGGUCGCCCUGCAGGGGUCCUGGGAGCCAUCCAGUAACCCUGUCCAGCCACAAAGACCCCAUCGACUGGUGAGAUGUAAGGAUGAGUCACCAAGGCCCCAAGGCCUGCAGGCAGCCGAGGUGAUCAGGACACUGAGCGCCCAGGAGGCCUGUCUGACCAAAGUGCUGCAUCAGCUGCAGAAUCAGUGUCGGCAGGAGCUGGCCAGGAUGGCUAGUGCUCUGCCUGGAUUGAUUUGGAUUCUGGCUCCUGGACACUGAGGACCUCAAGAUGUGCCCACUUGUGUAGAGGGCUUUGUAGGGUCUCAGAGGAACAGACUGGGGCUGGCAUGGGAGCAGAGGUCCGGGCCAUGUAUUCUUUCCAGGGCCAGAGCCCUUUCUGUCUACAGUUUUGGAGUCACCAUAGGCUGGUCCUCCUGAGACGUUUGGAGGGGACCUGUAUAUACAUGGUAGAGCUGUCUCUGGGGACACCAGGCUGCUGCCCUCUUCCACUGUCCCUUUAACUUCCUCUUGGGACACUGGGAUGUAGGUGGUGCAUGGUUGGCACCGUGCUGAGAUCACACAUGCCCCACAGUGCAGGAGGUAUUGGGCCUCCCCUGAGUGGAACGGCCCUGGUUGUUUCCCUGCACCUCCUUCUUAGACUCUGGCUGGACGCCUCCUGUACUGGGCCAUGGCUGUGCCUGGUGUGUGUGUGUGGUGGGGAGCUGGAUGGGGGCCCUGGGGGCUCUGCCUGGGGGAGAGGAGGAGGGAAGCUGCAGUGUAGACAGAAAGGCCUUUGUUCUGAAGGCUGCCAGGCAAGCUCAGGUCUCACAAAGCGGCCUGUGUCCAGGAUGUACCCACAGCCUGGUGGGAUGGCUCUCCUAGCCCAGGCUUCUCCCAGCCAGCGGGCUCAGGCUGGUCCCGUGGUCUCUAGCCCUGCUUUCCUUCCUAUCCCCAGCUCCAAACUCUGACCAGACACUGGACAGGUGGUAGGUCCCACUAGGCAACCUCUAGCCUCCUGGUAGCUCAGGCCUGAGGCCACUACCAGACCCUGGGCACCUUGGACGCUCAACUAGAACAUUGUCUCGGGGUUUUCCUGCUUGCCUAGUGUGUGGUAAGAGUGACAGCUCACGUCUGGGGUGACAGUUCUGGUGCAGGUGGCCUCUGGCCCUGGAGGCAGGAUACCAUGCUAGUUUGUCCCAGUGACUGUUCCUAGCACACUUCUGGAGGACCAGUGUCUAACAGGUCCUUCCUAACUUUCGUGAUGGUAGCUCCUAGACUCACUGGAUCCUCCUGCCUGCUGCUGGGCCUCUGCUGUACCUUCUGGCCUUGAUUUGGGCUAUAAACAAGUCCGCUUAUGCUUCCUGCCUCUGAAAACUGCCCUGCUAUAGGAUUUCCAGUGGCCCUUUGGAACUUGACCUUAAAAAAUCUAAAUGUGCCGGGCGGUGGUGGCGCACGCCUUUAAUCCUAGCACUCGGGAGGCAGAGCCAGGCGGAUCUCUGUGAGUUCGAGGCCAGCCUGGUCUCCAAAGCGAGUUCCAGGAAAGGCGCAAAGCUACACAGAGAAACCCUGUCUCGAAAAACCAAAAAAAAAAAAAAAAAAAAAAUCUAAAUUCAGCUGGGUGGUGGCAGUGAAUGUCUUUAAUCCCAGCACCUGGGAGGCAGAGGCAGAGGGAUCUCUGUAAGUUUGAGGCCAGUGUGGUCUACAGAGCGAGUUCCAGACAGCCAGGGCUACACAGAGAAGCCCUGUCUCAGGGGAAAAAAAAAUCCAAAUGCAGAUCAGUGCUCCCAGCUGUCACUUCUCUGUUUGUUCGGCAGAGUUAAUCAUUUCCAGUCAGAAUUCCGUGUACACGAAUGCAUUGUUUGUCUCUGUGGGACUCAAGGGUCUGAGGGCCAUGUCAAGGAAAGAGCCUCUUGGGGGCUCAACCAUGGGACCCAUUCUUGGUCAAGUUGUUAGACAUUGUCACUUGGGAAGGACUUCAGUACCAGUUUUUCCACAUAUAAGGGCUUGAAAUAGCUCACAUUGGUGGUCUCACUGUUCUGUGUCCUGAGCUCCCACACAGUCAAGUAGGAGUAGAACCAAGUGUCAAUUGACCACAUCCUUGGUGGACCCUGAAGUCCUAGGGCAAGCUCACAAAUUGAUGAUGUAUGGUGCUCCAGGGUCCUUUACCUGCAGCCUAACAGACUGGGCGUUAUGGGCCACCUGACCGACACUCUCCUCCCUGACUUUGAGGAAGAGUGGUCACAUUGUCCCUAACACCCCCAACCUGAUCUUAAGGUCAGGAAAAUCUAGUACUUGACACAAACACUAAAGAUCUGGCCACCCACGGCACAUUGGAGGCCAGCAGGGGGACAGUGGGCCCUGCUCUGAAACCAGCGAGGACAUGCCAUCUGUUUCUUGGGUUCCCACCCAAGGGAACCUAGUAUGCGAAGACAAGCCCCCCCAUUGCUUGAGGUCGUGGGGAAUACCAGAGGUGGUUUCCUGACACCAAAAUAUGCUGACUAUGAGGGGAAGUUUGGUGAUUUCAACUCUUAUCAAAGCUAGAAAUUUCUGUUUAUUAAAAGAUGAUAUGAUAGGAUGUGUCCCGGUGGUAGAACACUUGUCUAUCUUGUGUGAAUUUGGAUUCCGUCUCCAUCUUCUUGGUUGGGGGUGUUGGUGAGGGAGACAGUUUGGCUGGGAGUGUUAGCUACAUUUGUAAAUGGUUUGGUAUAGAGAUGAGCAACAGGAUAUCAAUCAUGAAAGACAGCUGAGUGUAAGACAGGAACCGAGAAUGCCUGAUAAGUAGGCCGAAUGCCAUCUUCAUGGCAACCAGGUGAAAGGGAAGAAGGCUUCUGCUACGGGCUGGAAGGGUGUGCUAAGACACUGCCUUGGGUUGGUAAAGGACUGCUCUCAAUGGAUUGGAAGAACCACUUCUGGGUCUGUCCCAGAGAAUUAAUGGUAUGUGCACAAAAGGCCUGGCAGGGACCACCCUGUAACAGCGUGCAUAACUUCAGGAAUCAGAAAUGCCUGCAUAACUCCAGGAACCAGAAAUGCCUACAACCCUGUGAGAAGCCAAGGAUGAUGCAAUCCUGAAUGUAAAAACUGUCUUGAAGCUACAUGAGGUGUGAUGCAUGCCUUUAGUCCCAGCACUGGGGAGGCAGAGGCAGGCAGGUCUCUUGAGUUUGCCAGUUUGGUCUACAAAGCAAGUUCCUGGACAACCACACCUGUUACACAGAGAAAUCCUGUCUCAAAAGCCAAAAAGAAAAGAGAAAAAGAACCCCAUAUUUCAGUAUGACAUUUAACAAGGCCGUAAAAUAAAUAAUAAAACAAGACUGAAGAUGUACCUAGUACCAGAAGACAAAACCCAGACAUAAAUUGGCCAGAAAAAGACCCGCACAAUAACCUCAUUCAUAGAAUGUGCUGGAGCAAGGGGAGGUGUGGGUGCUGGAGAGGUCUGCUGAGGGCUUCUUGAACAUUGACUUUAUAGAUUCAUAACAUGUAUAUCACAUCUGGUUUUUGGGUAUAUCAACCUUGCCUUAUAAAGAAAAAUCAUAACUCCAGACAGCAGCAUCACGUGAAGAUGCUGUAUGUAGCUUUGUCCUCAUGGUGUGGGUCAUUCAACCUGGGCAAGCAGGUCAGGACCAUGUGUACCUGUGUGGACACGGAGAGCCUCUUCUGUGUCCUGUUCACAUCCAAAUUUGGCCAAGGAGAUGUUUAGGUGUCGUUUAGGAGAGAAGCUGGCUCCUGUUUAAUCAUGGGGACCUUGGCAGUUGCUGUUAACCAAUUAGCUAGCUAGGGUCAUUUACUUCAUGGAAAUCAGAGUAGAUGAGUAGUUCUAGCAUUAGUAACCCUUGGCUCAUGAGUGCUGAAACCUGAUGGACCGAUAGACUCAAGCUUGUGGCUCAAAGCCCUGGGAACUAGAGGUGCAUGGGUCCAGGCCUCAGGAGCCAGAGACUGACAGAUCCAGCCGCUCACUCGGGCUAGAGGAAUCUUGCCCUGGCUUAUUAUUGCCUGCAACCCAGCACUCAGCAGUGCCUCAGCUCUGAGCAGUAGCUAGUGGUAGAGGCAGGCAGUGCAAGGUAGCAUUGCAGCUCUCACCCUUGGGUAAUCCCAAGGCCUCUUCUAGUGGCGGGCCUGGGUGACGGGCCUGGGUCUGUCACCCAUCACCUUCCACCUCUGUUCUGCUGUCCUCACUGAUGCCACUGUGAGUGUUACCCGAUCAGCCUACACUGCUGAGGAGUAGAUAAAAGACUAUUCUGAGGAAGCCUUUGCUGGGCCUAGGGUAGCACCAGGGGGCAUCUCAGAUGUCUCCCCGUGGACUGGAGAAAGCUGAGCAGCCUGGCUGAGCAGCCUGGUUAUAUAGCCAGGAGGGGUGUAGGACAUGUUGGACAUGUUAAUGGGAGGAUUCUAUUUACACCAAUCAGCACAGCUCCCAGUUUCCCAAUCACUGGCUCACACCCCCACCCCCCAUCCCCGAGCUGAGGGCCUUGUGCUUGCUAGGCAAGCGCUCUACCACUGAGCUAAAUCCCCAACCCCAGUGGCUUUUUAAAAAAAAUUUAUUAUCUCAUAUAUUACAAUCUGAUCACAGUUUCCUCUCCCUCCACCCUGCUAGUCCCUUCCCCCCUUCCCUUCUCCCCCAUAUCUACUUCUCCAUUUCCCUUCAGAAAAGAGCAGGCCUUCUGGGGAAAUCAACCAAACAUGGCAUGACAAGUUACACUAGCACUAGGCACAUACCUCGUGCGAGGCAACUGGGUAGGAGGAAAAGGGUCCCAAGAGCGAGCAAGCAAAUGAGUCAGAGACAACUCCACCCCCACUGUUGGGAGUCCCACAAGAGCAAGCUACACAACCCUAAUGUAUAUGCAGAGGACCUAGCGCAGACAUCACUGGCUUCUUGCUGAAUUACUGCGGAGACAUCCCUCUUCCCAUCAUGAGUGAGAAUGACUUCAGGAUCUCGCUUGGGUGGGGUUGUACAGAGUAGUUGGGACAGGAUUAGGAGUCAGAGAUUCUCAGAGUGAUAGUAUAGUGUCCAGCACAGCCAGCUGCUUUGAGAGUAGUGCCACCAGCUCUCAGAGAAGCGGCUGCCUGGUAGACAGCUCUCUGCGUUAGGCUGCCAGUCCUCCAGGAAGGGUCUUCCUGCCAUUCAAAGGUCUGUGGCCCAUACCUGCUUUUGCUCAUUUGCAGGAAAAAAAAAUUACUGGGUACUUACAAUAGGGUCUUACAACUCAACAGAACCAACAUUCUCAUCCGCUCUUAGUGAAGCUCAGCAGUGUCGACUCCUGCCUCCGUGCCCUGGUGCCCAGCUUUGGUACCUUCACCAUGACAUUUGAGUGGAGUGCAUGGCAGGCAGUUAAGCUACACAAAUUGAAUUUGGGACUAGAGGACAGGUGAGAACACUGGUGUGGAUGGGACCACACUGGGAGGGAUGAGGCCAAGAUCCAAGUCUGAGGCCUGAGCCCUGGUUGCCCACAAGCAGUAGCUAGGAAAAUGAGGUCAGAGGGACCGACGGGGGUGUCACCUGAGGUUUUACAGGCAGGAAGUGACUGUUAGAUUAGGCCAGCCUUGUGAUGGUCGUACCCAUACUCUUAUCCUAAGAGAAAGGACCUGCGAGCCAGAGCACCACAGUGCCUGGCAGUCAAGGGAGCUCUUAUUGAUUUCAGAGAGGGUGUGGGCCAGACUCUUCCAGUGCGGUCUGUGUGCAACCCUGCUUCCUCUUUGUGGACCAGAGAUUUCCCUAAACCACUCUACCCCUGCCUCACCAUUGUACUCUAGGGACCAUGUGAUGUGGUGAUAGGGACAAUGAAUGUGGUUGGGACAACCGUCAGGCCUCCGAAGCCCUGGGAAGGGAGCCAGGGAGCCAGGAACUAGAUGAGUCAGUGUCACCUCCCACCCACACACACCUGAGGGACACAGCAGUGAUGGUCAGCUGCCCUCCACGGCUCCUUGCUGUUUGUUGCAGGCCUGGAGGUCUCAGCUUCCUCUGUUCACAGUAGUGUCCGUGUGUGCCUCAGUAGUUUCCUGGUGACAUCCUUUGGUCAAGUAGAGGGUUGGGAGAUGGCUCAGUGGGCAAAGUGUUUGCUAUGCAGGUGUGGCGACCUGAGUUUAGGUCCCCAGAACCCAUGUGAAAAGCUGGGUUUGGAGUCAUGCCUCUAAAGCAGAUACUAGAAACGAGACAAGAGGAUCCGAGGCACUCGCUAGCUGGCCAGUCUAGUCAAUUGGUGAGCUGCAGGCUCAGUGGGACCCUGUUUCAGAAAACAAGGUGGGGAACCGAACUGGAAUACACCUGGUCUUGAUCUCUGGCCUCUACAUGUGUACAUGUGCACACAAACACACACAGACCAACAAAAGAAAGACCUAACCAUUCUAUUGAUGUGUUUGGGUCAGACAACACAGGAAUUCCUCAGCUGUCCUAGGAAGUUAAUGGUGGAGCUGGAACUCAGCUGGUAGAGUUCUUGCCUAGCAUGUAUGUCCUGGGUUCUGUUCCCAGCACCUGGUAAGCUGGAUGCGGCGGCACGUGUCUACUUCCAGCACUCAGAAGGUGGAGGCGAGAGAAUCAGAAGUUAAAAGUUGUCCUCGGGCCACAUAGCAGGUUGGAGCCAGUUUGGGAUGCAUGAGACCUUGUCUCAAAAGAAAAAAAAAAAAUUACAGUUGGAAAUGAGUGAAAGACACAAACCCUUGGUUUAGUUCUUAAUGCACUUGCUUAUUGGAAGGAUUCUGGGUCCACUUUCAAGCUUUAAUUUGGUUGAGUGUAUCAUCUGGGCUUUCUAAUUUGCUUUGGCUUUUGCCUAGAAUUUGUUUUCUUAUCACAGCAAUGGCUGCCAACCCAGUUUGUUAAAGAGGUAACCGAGGGAGAGUGCCCAGUGUUGGAACCCUGAGCUCUCUCAGGUUGUUCAGGAGGUAUCUGACAGACCGUAUAUCCCCAUGUUACCUUCCCUUAAAACGAAAAUAGCCAAGUGUGAUGGCACAGACUUUUAAUCCCAGCCUCGGGAGGCUGAGGCAUGGGGAUCUCUGUGAGUUCAAGCCAGCUUGGUCUACAUAGUGAGUUCCAGGCCAGCCAGGGCUGGCUACACACUGAGACACUGUCUCAAAGCAUCCCCCUGUCCCCAAAUGCCUUGCAGUGUUCCCUGAGAAUUCACUGUGGCAUCCUGGGAUGCCUUAGCACACAUUUCAGGAACUGCAGCUCCAGCUAAGACAAGUCUUUGUGUUUUCCCACCCUGCCUGCACUGUUAGGUCUUAAAAGACUCACGUUGUGAGUCUUGUUCUGACUGAAGUACAUUAUCCCAUGUCCAGUGAGGUGUGUGUACCUAUUUCUCUGUCUGAUUCCCAGAGACCAACACUCAAGCUAUCUCUGGUUCUCUGAGGCCAGAGAAAGUCUGUGGUGAUAUUUGUAAUCUAAGAACUAAAGCUUGCCUGAAUAUCAGAGGACAGAGCAGCCACAGAGGUCAGGCAGUGGUGUCACACACCUUUAAUCCUAGCACUUGGGAGGCAGAGAUCUGUUUGGAUCUUUGUGAGUUCAAAACCACCCUGGACCACAUGAGAUUAAUCCAGUUUAAAAGAGAAACAGCCAGGCAGUGGUGGCACACACCUUUAGUCCAGCACUUGGGAGUCACACCCUUUAAUCCCAGCAGUAGGAAGGUGGAGACAGGAAGUGAUAUGCCUGGACAGAGAAAGGAAUGUAAGGUCGGAGGAGAUAGGAAUGAAAUCUUUUUGGCUGAGGACUCAGCGGCAUUCAGUCUGAGGAUUCAUGGAGACAGGAUCUCUUUGGCUGAGGAGUUGGCGAGGUGAGAAGCGGCUGUGGCUUGUUUCCUCUGAUCUUUCAGCAUUUACCGCACUAUCUGGCUCCGGGUUUUUAUUAUAAGACUAUUUAGGAUUUGUGCAACAAAAGUCCUGCUCUGGAACAGUGACUUGGCUAUACAGUCAGAUCAGGUCAGUGGACGUGAGGUGUAUAAUCUCUUGUCAGGGUGACAGUGGCAGCCCGAUGCCAUCAAGCUCCUCUUGGAAUCACUUAUUCCCUUCAGUACGCUUCAGCUUCUGUAGGCCAUUGACUGAAUGUUAAGUGGUCAUUCUCUCUCAUGUGUUUCUUUGAUUGCUGAAGUUGAGUAUAAUAUCAUGCACUUGCUUAGUUUUCUGGUUUUACUUUAUGGGUAUGUAUAUCUGUGUGUGGUACAUGUGUGUAUGCAUGUUUUGUAUGUCUGUAGGCACGUGUGUGUAGGGGGUGUACACGUGUAGGUAGGUGCAUAUACAUAGGUUGGUGUUGAGUACCUUACCCACUCACUCUUCAUCUUAUAUGUUGAGGAAGAGUUUGUUGCUGAACACAGAGUUUGCCUAUUUUUGGCUAGUCUGUUUAAGACAGCUUGCCCAGGGUUCGUCUGUCUCUUCUUCCCCCAUACUGGGAUUUCAGGCCGGCCAACAUGCCCACCUGACUUUUAUAUGUGUUCUAGGGACCCAAACCCCGGUCUUCAUGUUUAUACCGCAAACACUUUACUCACUGAGCAAUCUCCGCAGCCCCUGGCUCUUUCCUUCAGUAAAUGACUAGUCAUUUCUUCUUCUUGAUGGGCUUUCUCUGUAUGGCCCUAGCUGUCCUGGAACUUGCUCUGUAACCCAGGCUGGCCUUGAACUCACCAUCUGCUUGCCUCUGCCUCUCUAAUGCUGGCAUUAAAGGUGUGUACCACAACCACCUGGUGUCGUAUCUGUUUUCAAUGUGUGUCUGUGUCUGUGUGGUGUGUGUAUGUGGAGGCCAGAGGUCGCUCUAUCUUCAAUAUUUCUUUAUUACUUUCUACUUUUUUUUUUUAAGGUUUAUUUUAUGUAUAUGGGUGUUUUGUCUGCAUGUACAUCAGCACACCAGAAGAGGGCAUUGGAUCCCCUGGGACUACAGUUACACAGUUGUGAGCCCCAUGUGGGUGUGGGAAUUGAACUCAAAACCUCUGGAAGAGCAGCCAGUGCUUUUAACUGCUGAACUAUCUCUCCAGCCUCGCUACUUUAGUUAUUGAAACUGGAGCCAGCUAUUUUGGUGAGAUUGGCUGGCUGUGAGCCCUUAGGAUCCACCUGUCUGCCCUCCCUAGCUCUGGGGUUGCAGACACAUGGCACAGUGUCUGACUUGAAGGAGGUGCAGGGGAUCUGAACGCAGGUCCUCGAUGCUUUCACUUCCAAUCUCACUGAGCCAGUUCCAGCCCCUGGUUCUUUGAGUUUUGACUUUUUUUUCCAAUAUGGAAACUGUCUUAGUAUCAUUUAUUGAUGCCCCAUCUGUUUCCACUGUUCCAAAGAGCUGCUUAUUAGAGAUCUGGUGUCCUUUAGUUGCUGAGUUUUUUUUAUUUGUUUGUUUUUUGAGACAGAGUUUCAUGCAGGCUGGCCUCAAACUCACUACGUAACAGAGAUUGGUCUUGAAUUCUCUUUUCUUUCUUUCUUUCUUUCUUUCUUUCUUUCUUUCUUUCUUUCUUUCUUUCUUUCUUUCUCUCUCUCUCUCUCUCUCUCUCUCUCUCUCUCUCUCUCUCUCUCUCUCUCUCCCUUCCUUUCUUUCUUUCUUUCUUUCUUUUUUUUACAUUUAAUAAUAAUACAUUUGUGGUAGUUUGAAUGAAAAUGGCCCCCAUAGGCUCAUAGAGACUGUCAUUAUUAGGAGGUGUAGCCUUGUUGGAGUAGGUAUUGCUUUGUUGGAGUAAGUGUGUCACCAGGGGGUGGACGUUAAGGUCUCAGAUACUCAAACCAGGCCCGGUGUUACUCUCUUUCUGCUGCCUGUGGAUCCACAUGUAGAACUCUUAGCUCCUCCAGCACCAUGUCUGCCUGCAUGCCACCAUGCUUCCUGCCAUGAUGGUAAUGGACUAAACCUCUAAACUGUAAGCCAGCCCCAAUUAAAUGUUUUCCUUUAUAAGAGUUGCCGUGGUGGGCUGGAGAAAGGACUCAGCGGUUAAGAGCGCUGGCUGCUCUGCCAGGGGACCUGAGUUCAAUUCCCAGCACCCACAUGACAGCUCACAGCUGUCUGUAACUCCAGUUCCAGGGGAUCUGACACACAGACACAUCAAUGCACAUAAAAUAAAAAAUAAAUGAAACAGUCAAAAAAAGUUGCCAUGGUAAAGCUGGGUGGUGGUAGUGGUACACAUCUUUAAUCCCAGCACUUGUGAGACAGAGGCAGGCAGAUCUCUGAAUUUGAGGCCAGCCUGGUCUACAGAGAGAGUUCCAGGACAGCCAGGGCCACAAAAGGAACCCUGUCCCAAAAAACCAAAAUAAAUAAAUAAAUAAAUAAAUAAAUAAAUAAAUAAAUAAAUAAAUAAGGAGUUGCCAUGGCCAUGGUGACUCUUCACCACAAUAAAACCCUAACUAAAAUGUAUAAUAAUAAUAAUAAUAAUAAUAAUAAUAAUAAUAAUAAUAAUAAAUAAUUAAACAGAGGAUAAUUUUAGUCCUGUCCUUCUCUCAAAUGGGUCCUGUGGAUCAAACUUAGGUCAUCAGGCUUGGCAGAAAGUGUCCUUAUCCACUGAGCCAUCUCAAUAACCUCUCCCCCAGUCUUGAGUUUCUAAAAUACAUUUUAUUUGUUUAUUAUGUGUGUAUGGGUGUGUGGUGGUUUGAAUAAGUAUGGUCCCCAUAGACUCAUGUGUUUGAAUGCUUGUUCAUAGGGAGUGGCACUACUAGGAGGUAUGGCCUUGUUGGAGGAAGUGUGACAUUGUGGAGGCGGGCUCUGAGGUCUCCUAUGCUCAAGCUACGCCCAGUGUGACAUACAGUUCACUUCCUGUGUCCUGCAGAUCAAGAUAUAGAUCUCUCAGUUCCUUCUCCAGUACCCUGUCUGCCUGCAUGCUGCCAUAUCCCUCCAUCAUGAUAAUGGACUAAACCUCUGAAACUGUGAGCCACCUCGAUUAAAAAUUUCCUUUAUAAGAGCA